AUGGAUCCUGGUAUUGAUGAGUUAGAUUCUAAUCUUUAUCUGUCUUUACCUGAUGUUUCAAGAGACGCAUUUGAUUCUGAAGAUCCUGCUUUGUUUGGAGACAAUCCGCUUGAAGAUGAGUGUGGCUGGCCUCCUAGCCCUGCGCCGACAAGGACAGAUGGUCCAGAGCUCCAGAUAGGAUUUCAGCAGUCAUUGCCGAAUCAUUCAGACGCACUUGGUUUUCCUCAUGCUUCAGAACAGUCUACUUUUAAUUUUGACAAUUUGCUGGCACAUGCAGUUAGAGACAUUUCAGAGGGUCCUAUUCAACUGCCUUGGGAGAGUAAUGAGUGGGCUUGCAUUUUCGACCCCAACUACGAUCCCAUGGAUGCGCUGGUACCUCAGUUUGAACCAAAACUCAAGGUUCCAAAACUUUUGCAUGACAGACCUACUCCUGGGACUCAUUCACAACUUGGACAUUCUAGCAGUGCGAUGGCAGACAAACCCAUUUUCCAGAUGGCAGUUUCCAGAAGGAAGGAUCAGUUGUGGACGGAGAAGCGGGAGUCUGAGCUUCAGAGAUCACUGAAGAAAUGGUUUGCAAUUGUUGGGAAUUGGCCUGACUCUUGGCGAUGUAAACAGGAGUUGACAGCGUACUCCUUUGACGUGCCCGACCUCCAUGACAUCACGGUGAGCAAGCGCUGUCUAGGUGUGGACCCACUCGUCCACUCCCCUGGCAAGUCUCUUAUGCCGGCACCAGCAGACGAUGGAACGGCUUUGCAACGGUCGCUGGAGAGUGACGAGGCAAGGGUCAUACGCUUAGUGGACAAGUUGCUUUUGGAAAUCCAGUCUGGGUAUUUCAAUCCAGAUUGCAGCAGGGCUGGAAGGUUCAACAAGCAGUGCAUGCCUGAUCCCAGUUCAGAUGUUGGUGCACAGUCUUUUAAUGACAGUGAUGGUGAAAACUUUUUCAUGGAAGAAACGAUUGACAAGAAGUUGUCGGAUGCUGUGGAAGUGGUUGAGACGCAAACUGCAGAGAUUGAUGAGGAUCAUUAUACGAGUUCCUCUUCUGACAGUGAAGCUGAAAGCGUUGUGCUUGAGGCGCCAGUCAGGGUCUUCUUGCCCCCACGAGCACCGGAAGGGUACCAUUUCAUGCAGCACAGGCAGAGAUGCAAUGAGCUGUCAACAGCUACACUGAAUUUGAACGACUUGCUGCGAGCGCAGAACAUUGCAAGCUUCUCUGAACUGGCGUUUGCUUGUGGGGCACCUAACAAGGCGCCAACAGAUGAUGAAUUCAGAGCCUUCACCACCUCCAUUUUGGGUGCAGGAUUCACAGCAGGCGAAACAGAACCUUCACAUGCGUUGCUGGACAAGUGCCAACUCAUGUACGACACAGGGGCAGUGGUAUGGAUAUCGCCUUCCUUGUGUACCAAGCGAGAAUCUGAGGUCCAGGCUGCCCCAAAAGAUUCGCAACAAGUGCUACGGAUCGAAGCCCAGACCUUGAAAGUGAACACAGAGGGGCCAAAGGUUGCUGACGCAGACCAUGGCUCUGAGAUCAAACUGCAAUGGUGCCUUCAAAGGCGUGGAGUGGCAUUUGAGAUGUGCGAGCUGGUUUCUUGGGAAACUUCCCAAAAGUGGUUGGCUACAUUGUUUGCGGCCUAUUCUACAGAUCCUCCACCUGGGUUUGCAAGGGUCACUCUUCAACAACUUGUAGCGGCAGACAAAGCGAUGUGGACAAUGUUGGCCAGAGACAUCGCGUCAGUCAAACCUGACAUCAAUGGGAAGAGGCCAUUAGACGAAGCAAUUGAGAAAUUGAUGCGCGACCCUCGCAUCACCAUGUACAUGUUAGCCUUGCCCACGCGCAGUCCUGCAGCAGUCGCAGCAGCGCCCAAAUCUUCUGGGUCCACUCAUGCAGCAGGCACAAUUCAGCCGAAGAAGAAAGCCAGGCCUAGCAAGAGGAAUCGCACCCAGCCAACUCCUCCUGAAGAGUUGAAGACUUGCUACCAGCAGACGGCCGAUGGGAAGCCCAUAUGCUGGGCCUACAAUUUACAGAACGGUUGCACCUUGGAAGCCACGGGACAGCCGCCCAAGUGCCGCAAAGGCGCACAUAUUUGUGCUUACUGCCGCAAGGACACCCACGCUUCCUACCCUAUGCUGGGAGCCCGCAUUUGGCCCCCAAAGCUGACCUUUGAGGCCUUGCUGCGGUCGUCGUUGGGGCUACAGGAAGCGGUUCUUCAAAAGGUUUCGGAACCAGAGGACGAAGGUCUUCACCGUGUUUGGUGCAGUGCUUUCUUCGAUGAUUUCCCCACCAUGUCGGUGGCUGCGCUGUCAAAAUCAACAGAUCAGUGCGUGGGGCUGCUUUUUGACAUGCUCGGCAUCCAGUUUGCAAAGGAAGGAAAGAAAAGCCAAGCCUUCGGGCCAGAGAUGAAAGCCUUGGGUUUAAUAUUUGACUUGUCGCAAUUUGAUGAAGGGGUGGUAUACAUCAAACACACCCCUGAACGGAGAGCAGAGCUUCUUGCAAAGAUCAACAGCAUACUGGAACAAGACUCCCUCACCCCGAAGGAGGCUGAGUCAUUCAGAGGGCGUAUUCAAUGGUUUGAGUCUUACCUUUUUGGGCGUAUAGCCAACCUCUCUAUACACCGUAUUGGCAAGAGAGCGCAACAGAAGGGGUCCAAAACCAAGAGCAAACUUGAUGAUGAGCUGCGCUCCUCCUUGAUUUUCUUGCGUACAAGAGUCCAGACCGGCUCACCCCUUCUUUUGACAGCUGAAACGGAGGACUCAGUUUUGAUAUUUACAGAUGGAGCUUUUGAUGCAGAAAAUUUGAAGGGUUCAGUUGGUGGAGUGCUUCUUGAUCACAAGGGCAGACCCUUGCGCUUCUUCAGUGAAAACUUUCCAGCCUUGGUGAUGAAGCGUUUUCUGGAGGUUUCUGAUAACCCUAUUUAUCUCAUUGAACUUUUGGCCGGCUACAUAGCGGCGUUCCUUUGGGGAGGCUUAACGACUGGCAGAUACGUUGUCAUGUACAUCGACAAUGAAGCAUCACGCUUGGCUUUAAUUAAAGCCUACUCCUCAACACCGAUGGGAAAUGUCAUUGUCCAGAUGUUUGUAUCCAGCGAAGACUCAUCCCAAUGGAAAGUUUGGUUUGGUCGUGUCUGCAGCUACUCUAACAUAGCAGAUGCCCCGAGUCGCAUGGAAGUUCAAGACUUGGUGACUCGUGGUGCAAUGCAAGACAAAUGUGCCUGGGAUGUGAUCCUGCUCAAACUUGAAGAAGCUGAGCACAAUUUGGGAUUGGGGUGA